GAAAGGAGUUGUGGUUGGUGGCCUGAGGAACUUACCUUCACCCCAAUGUUGCUCUGAAACGAGUCGUGUCCAACAGUCAGGUUUGGUAAGAUGCCUCAGGAACAGUACCCACACCGGAGCACCAUGCAGACCUCGGAAGGACCCCAGGUAUACAAAGUGGGGAUUUAUGGCUGGAGGAAGAGGUGCCUCUAUUUCUUUGUGCUGCUCCUAAUGAUUUUAAUCCUGGUGAACCUUGCUAUGACCAUCUGGAUUCUGAAGGUUAUGAACUUCACAAUUGAUGGAAUGGGGAACCUGAGGAUCACGGAAAAGGGUCUGAAGCUUGAAGGAGAUUCAGAAUUCUUGAAACCUCUCUACGCCAAAGAAAUCCGAUCAAGACCAGGCAACCCACUGUACUUCCAGUCCGCCAGAAACGUGACCGUGAACAUCCUCAACGAGAAGACAAAAGUCCUCACUCGCCUUGUAACAGGUCCCCAAGCAGUGGAAGCACACAGCCAAAAAUUUGAGGUGAAAACCCUCUCUGGAAAAUUGCUGUUUUCUGCAGAUGACAAUGAAGUGGUGGUUGGAGCAGAGAGAUUGAGAGUUCUAGGAGCAGAAGGCACAGUGUUCCCUAAAUCUAUAGAAACUCCCAAUGUCAGGGCAGACCCCUUCAAGGAACUAAGGCUGGAGUCGCCCACGCGCGCGCUGGUGAUGGAGGCUCCCAAGGGCAUCGAGAUCAACGCCGAGGCCGGCAGCCUGAAGGCCACGUGCAGGACAGAGCUCAGGCUGGAAUCCAAAGACGGAGAGAUAACAUUGAAUUCUGCAAAAAUCAAACUACCUAACUUGCCUCAAGGAUCUUCCUCUUCUGCAGGGUCCAGGCAAAAAAUCUACGAGCUCUGUGUGUGUCCCAAUGGGAGGUUGUUCCUGUCUCAGGCAGGCAGCAGCUCCACCUGCCAGAUAAACACGAGCGUCUGCCUUUGAGAGACAAUUUGCAGCGGGGCAUCGCAGGCAGCACAAAAGCCAGUUCUGG